ACCAUAGUUGACAGGGUCUGAUCCAGAGUCGUCGGCUGUGGUAGCCUGGCUGGAUCAAAGGAGAAGACUUUGUGGUCCUUUAAAGAGUUAGUCAUUUCGUGGGUGGAAAGUCUUAAGUGGUGAGGAGUAGAACUAUCACUUGGUUGUGCAUCUUUCACCAUGGUGGCCACUAGGACAGGAACUAGCACCACCUCUUAUAGUAAGGAGCAAGAAGACAAAGCCGCCUCCGCUCUAAGAGAAAAGAAAGAGAAGAUGGAGAAGGAGUUGAUUAAGAAGGCGAAGAUGUUGGCAUUGACGGAAGAGCAGAAGGCGAAGCAAAAACAGAUGGAGGAAGAAUUGGAAAGGUGGAAGAAAGAGGAGGAGGAGAAGUUGGCGACAGUAGAAGUAGAGGCGAAGCAGAAGCAGAGGAAGAAUAAGAAAAAGAAGUGGAGGUUCCCCUUCAGAGAAAUGAUAACAAGAAAAAAUGCAUAUCCUUUGUCGCGUAUUGAUGAUCUGCUUGAUGCUGCAUGUGGAUACAAGGUCUUCAGCAAGAUCGAUCUCAAGUCCGACUACCACCAGAUUGAAGUCGACCCUACAGACCAGCAUAAAACUGCAUUCAAAACUCGUGAUGGGCUGUACGAGUUUACCGUCAUGCCCUUCGGUCUCACGAAUACACCGACCACCUUUCAAAGUCUCAUGGAUAAGGUGUUCCGUAAUCAGAUCAAUCGAUUUGUUGUUGUUUAUUUGGAUGACAUACUAACCUUCAACAAGUCAAUGGAGGAGCACAUGAGACACCUUGAGGAAGUGUUGCAGAUCCUCAAGGAUGCGCAACUCCAUCUCAACUUGGAAAAAUCUGAGUUUGGGAGGGACAGUGUCAUCUACCUUGGACAUCGGUUGUCUGCUGCAGGCCUAGAGCCCGAGGCAACCAAAGUUGAGGUCAUCCGCAAAUGGCCUCAACCGGCAAAUGCCUGUGAGCUGCAUUAUUUUCUUGGCCUUACGUCAUACUACCGUAAGUUUGUACCCAAAUUCUCUAUCAUUGCUCGUCCACUGUCCAUAUUGACCAGCAAGAAUGUGUCCUACACAUGGGAUGGGGAAUCCACAACAACCUUCCAAGCAUUGAAGGAGGCUUUGGCGAGUCAUCUAGUGCUCCGCAUUGCAAAUCUCAAACUUACAUUCGUAGUGACUACGAAUGCAAGCUUGUAUGGGAUUGGUGCAGUGUUGCACCAAGAUGAUGGCGACGGCUUACUGUUUUCAGACCACGAGACUUUGAAAUGGAUUCAGACACAGAAUAAUCCAUCAACUACAUUGACCCUCUGGCUGCAUGAGAUUGCUGUGUAUGAUUUCGAACUUAGGCACAAGAGAGGUUGUUACAAUCGCGUUGCGGAUGCUUUGUCUCGCCACCCUGAGUGCAUGACUUGUCUUGUGGGCUCCUAUGAUCUCCGUAAGAACUUGAAGGAGGAACUAGUUGAGCAUACGGCCAAGGACCCGAAACUCAGUCCCAUCCUUGAGCAGAUCCAGGCUGACCCGAGCAGUCAACCUGACUUCCAUGAGUGUAAAGGUUUGCUCUUCCGACGUUACGGGAAGUGCGACCACCUGUGUGUACCCAAUCAUGAGCCUAUCCGUACUCACUUCUUGGACUUGGCUCAUGGUCGGAGUGGACACUUCGGUUUUGAAAAGACAUACGGAAGUCUGUUGCAAAAGUUUGUAUGGCCUGGGAUGAAAGGAAUGACACGAAAGUUUGUGGCUGAGUGUGAAGUCUGUCAACGCAUCAAACCAUCUCGGCAGAAGCCCUAUGGGCUGCUGCAUCCUCUUCCUUUUCCUGAUGGCCCGGGUGAGUCUCUUUCUAUUGACUUCACGGACGUGGGGAAGAAGAGUAGGAAUGGAUAUUCGCAAGUAAUGGUGGUAGUUGACCGCUUUCCAAAAUUUUUGAAUUUGAUCCCAUUACCACCUCACGCCCCAACUGACCUUGUGAUUAAAGAGUUUCACAAGAAGUACAUUUUGCAGUUUGGACCCCCGAAAACUCUUGCGAGUGAUUGGGACACUACGUUCAUAAGUGCAGAUUGGAAGGAUUUCACCUCCCAGAUCUAUGACAUCAAACUCAAGAUGACGUCUGGUCGACAUCCUGAAGCCAAUGGACUGGCCGAGGAGAUCAACCAGACUGUGAUCCAACUUCUCCGAGCUCUUAUUGUGCCUGGUCAGAUCUCUUGGGAUGAGGAAUUGCCGAUUGUGCAGGGGCUGUACAACAACUCCAUACACUCCUCCACCGGGAUGACACCUAACCGGCUGCACCUUGGAUGGAAAAUUCGCAGUCCCCUAUCUUAUCUGUUUCCUGAACAGCCACCUGGCCUAACACCAAGCCAGCCAGGCUACAACGCUAAGUUUGAUCGUUUGCUCAAAGUUGCUGUCGCAGCCAUGGAAAGGCGACGCAAUGCCAUGAUUAAGUAUGCAAACAAAAAGCACCAGCCUGACCCUUUCACAGUGGGAAAUUAUGUCUGGGUCAAGAUGUCUGAGUUCUCUGAAGAAGAAGUGUUUAUCUUUGUGCUGCAGAGUGGAAAGUAUGCAGAUGCGGUUGAAUUUUCGAAGCAAGCAGUACAACUGGACCCUACGAAUGCAACAUACACGCAACAACUUUCAUUCAAUCAGACAAGACUUGCUGCCGAGGAGAGCAAGUCAAAUAGUGGACGGAGUAAUGGGGAGAAGGGUUCCAAUGGGAGCAUUAGAAGACGGUCCAAAACACGUGAAAUUGCAGGGUGGAUGAAGCGUCUCGAGCCGGCAGAAAGAGAAGAGAGACGGAGAAGGGAGGAGGAGGAGUCCCAGGAGAGGCAAAGCGGAGAGGAAGAAGAGGAAGACGAACUGAGCGGCAUGGAUUUGGAAUUAGAGAUGUCUGUAGGAGAUGGAGAUGAGGAAGCCCAGGAAGAACAGUCUGAUCCUGACAGGCAAGUUGGCCGCAGUGUGAGCUUCAGAUGGAGGAGGAAAGGAGAGCUGCGGAGGGACGGCAUUCCUCGGCAACAGAAGAGUUUUGUCACAGGGUUACCUAUUGGAGGAGCAUCCCCGAGCAAUGGGUUUGUUGCUGAUCAGCGCCCUGCUUCCUGCACGACCGCACGCGCGAAGCACCUUGCCCUUAGCGCUAAGCAGCCCACGAGCAAUCGCUCCAGCGGCGCUGCCGCAGCAUUUGGCAAGUGCCCCAAUGCCAGAGCAGGCAGCGAGCUCUUUCCUAUAUGGAAAGAACCUGCCUCCCCCGGCGGCCUGGCUGGCCUGGGCCUCUGCCCAGAAGCUUCAGCUUCACCGAAGUACGAGCAGAUCUCGGACAACGUCGUCGCUUCUAGCACCAGGCUAGGUAAAGAAAUGACGACGGAGGAAGGGAUCGAUGACCAGCAGAGCGGAGGGAAUCAGGGCACGAAUGGGAAUGGGGAACGAAACGAGGGAUCAGCCAGGGAUCGAGAGUCAGCCAAACUGGAGGGGACCCGAGAAGACGAAAAGGACGCCUCAAUUGGAGAAAGCUCGGGGAAAGCCGGGGGUAGCAAAAGGGGACCUCAGGAAAACAGGGAAGGGGGAAAUGAUAUGAGAACAAGUCCUCGAAACUCAGCAGGAGCCACCCCUAAAAAGACGAAAGUCUUGGAUACCAGUCAUAAACUGGCAGAGAUAGAGAAGCGGAUCGCGGAAUUUAAGGCAAGACUUAUCGAGAAGAUGAUGGCCGGGGAUGAGGAGGACCUCCAGGACGCAGGGUCACGGGCGUGUGACGGACUCUGGAGCCUUAGGGAGAGAGUGCUAGGAUGGUUCGACCCAGAAGGAACACCGAAAACCAGGGAGAAGCAGAGGGAAAGCAAGGAAGGGGAAGGAGCCAGUGCAACCGGGGAAGCGGGUGGCUCCGAAGACGGUCUCAAGAAAGUAGUCGCCACCCUCAACAGGGCACUGAACAAGAACCAGGGGUAUCUCGCAGAUGCAAAAAAGAAACUCACGUUCGAUGGGGCCAACAUUACGGAGUUUCUAAUAGACUAUGAAAACCUAGCAGCCUUACUGAAAUGCACGGAAGAGGAAAAGAUGGAGCACCUAGGACAACACGUAUCGCUAAGUUUGGGAAGGGACAUUAUGGCCAUCGUCGCCUCCAGUGGAUCUUGGAAAGAGACCAGGAAUGAGAUGAUGAGGAAAUACCUAAAGGCAGAAAAAAUGGCAACAGAGGCAGAAUUAGCCGCAGUCCAGAGGAAAAACUAUGCGACCUACAACGAUUUCCUGAGGGCGUUUACGUUAGUGGCUCUGCGAAUUCCCGGGGUAACGGACCGCAUAAUGAAAGCAGAGCCGAUAGCCGAGAUUGUCUGGGAGCAACCAAGGGGACGGGGACCACAGGCCAAUUUUAUCCUAGAACGCAAUGGCCAGGAUAGGGUGAAUAUCACCACUCGCCGAGCUGGCUCAGAAAAGAAGCUUGUUCAAGAUACAGUAAUGGAAGAACUCGCAGGGACUAGCACGGGCCAGCAAGAGACCGAAGUCGGGGAUCAAGAGAAGGUCUAUGGGAAGCCGAGGGAGGAGGAACCGGUAGACAAGGCUACGGCGACGGAAAAGAAGUUCAGGUAUCAAAUUCCAAUCCUGACUUCACCAGAAAUCGAUGGCACUUUGAGUAAGCUACUGGGUACCAUGGUAUCGGUGUCUUUUCGGACCAUGCUGCAAGCCAGCCCGAGGCUGCUUAAAGGACUUAGGCAAUUGCUAACGCGUAAGCGCGUAGAGGUAGAGGAGGCCCCGGAACUGCAAGAGCAGGACACGGAAGAGGCCGAGGCGCUGCAAGGAUUCAAGAAGGACGUCUUAGCAAUCCUACAUUGUCUUAAGACCUUCCAGGCAUACCUGUUCGGGAGGCGAUUUAUACUAAGGAUCGAUCCCACCAACAUUGCCGGAGCCCUAAAGAACUACAAGCCCAUAGACCCGACUGUUGGCAGAUGGAUAGGCUUCAUAUGGCAAUUUGACUAUAAGGUUGAGCGAAUUGCAGGGCUUCGAAAUAGGGCAGAUGGGCUGAGCAGGGUUUGUAUCACGCCAGAAGGAGUAGAGGACGCAGAACCAAUUGACGCCUUCCUGGAGUACGAAGGAGGGACCCUUGUUGUGGAUAAUGAAAUGGCAGAUCCGGCAAUUACAACAGGACAGUUGCCGAUUCAGAGCUUGGAAAAGGGCGCACCUGCAGUAGUUGCAGAACUCAGGGAAGGACCAGUCACCACGGUUAGGCGUAAAGAGGAAAAAGACUCGUGGGGAGCAGAAGUAGGGGCCAGAGAGGAAUUCAUGGCAAUGAUCGAGGAAGGGGGACGGGACGCCGUAAUGACAUUGGCCGAAACCUGGGCGUAGAAGGAGUGUCAGUACCUAGUCAACCUCACUUGGGAGGAGCAGGGUGCGGAUCAGAAGGAACACGAGUUUUUCCUCAUACAGAUGUACGAGGGCGUCUUCAAAGAAAUCGGUCUGUUGCUUGUAGGGAACAAACAAUCCACGGAAGU